CACCGGAGCGUCGCCAGCCUCCCGGUGACCAACCGGAGAUCCGUUAAGGCACGCGCACACACCCAUACACGCACGCACGCGGCUAACGGUCCGAGCAGAAGCCAUUUUUCUCCGCAGAAGAAUGCCGGCUCCUGAUUGGCUGUAAGGUGUCCGUUAACGCCGCCGGCACCAUGAACGUGGGCACGGCGCACAGCGAGGUGAACCCCAACACCCGGGUGAUGAACAGCAGGGGCAUGUGGCUGUCCUACAUCCUGGGCAUCGGCCUCCUGCACAUCAUCCUGCUCAGCAUCCCCUUCGCCAGCGUGCCCGUGGUCUGGACCCUCACCAAUCUCAUCCACAAUGUGUGCAUGUACCUGCUCCUGCACACGGUCAAGGGGACGCCCUUCGAGACCCCCGACCAGGGCAAGGCGCGCCUCCUCACGCACUGGGAGCAGAUGGACUACGGCGUCCAGUUUACCGCGUCACGCAAGUUCCUCACCAUCACACCCAUUGUGCUGUAUAUUCUCACCAGCUUCUACACCAAAUACGACCGGGUCCAUUUUGUGGUCAACACCGUUUCCCUGCUCACGGUGCUCAUCCCCAAGCUGCCGCAGCUCCACGGCGUGAGGAUCUUUGGGAUUAAUAAGUACUGACAAGGCAGAAGAGGACACCUCCUUCCUCGAGUCCCCAGGGACCUGCUGAGAGCACGCAGAGUAUCAGGCCUCUGGUUUGGCCGCAGAUCCACGAGGAUCUGUUGCUCUUUGGCUCCGGACUCUGCCUGCCGACUCUAAAUGACGCUGUCAUGGCUCCAGACCCCGGGAAAGAGACGAGGCUCUUUACAGAGAGAGGAGAAAGGGAAAGUGUACUGUUGAGGCCUGUCGCCUUUUUACAAGUUUUCCACAGACACUAAAAAAGCAUUUGUAAAGAGGAAUUAUAUAUUAUAUCCUGUCCGUUUGUGUAGAGAUGGCAGAUUUUAGAAGUAAGAGGUUUGUGUGGCAGAGCGCCUGCAGUCUGCAGAGUCGUCUGGUCUGAGAGCAGAAGAUGUGCACGAGAGCUCUGCGCUGAUCCAGGGCCGUCUGAGGGAAGGGUCACGUUUUCAUGUCAUCACUUUGCUCAUAGUUAGAGUUUAAUAUUGGGACCAAUGCCAACAACUGCUCUGUGAAAGCACUCAGGUCCCAUUACAUCGACAUGAUCGUGGUAUUUCUGCAUUUAAAUGAUAAGUUACAAGUUUAUUAGGUACACACGAGCAGUCGUAAGUACUGUGCAGCUGUCAAUCAUGAAAGGUUCAAGUGUUUUUAAUAUUGUCUUCAUCCCUAUUUAGGAUCAAAUAUUUUACGUAGCUCUUAAAAAUUUAAUAUUGUCAAUAUCCUUCAUGAAACAUUUUAAAUGGACAAUUUAAAGCUGCAUCAAUCUAACUUUUAGCCACUAGGGGGCACUAAGCUCUCAGAAAAGCUGUGAACCACUGACCAUAUAAAGAUGGACAUGACAGUGAAGCCAAAGCGUCUAGAUCGCCUCCUGGUGGCUGGCUGCAGUAUUAGUCAUAAAUAAAGUUAUUAUUAAAGGUAUUACAAAUGCCACCUCCUCCAUGUAAGUGAAUGGGACAUGAACCAAACUAAAAAGUCAAAUUCACAUCAAAUCAUUUUUAUCCAGGAUAGUUUCUGUUUUUGGUUCUUAUUACAUUGAUGUUGAAUGUUGAGAGUGAAUUCACUUUUUCUCAAACCUUUAUCGUUUUAGAACAAAUCUAAAUACAAAAUCCAUAUUUCCAGUCGAAUAACUUGAUCUUAUUGUUAAUCGUACUGGACGGCUGAAGUGUCCAUGAACCAUUUCCUCCUGACAAGUCUCCUCUUGAAUUGUUCUAUAAUGUGAAGUAAUGAUUUUAACAUGUAGGAUGUCACUCGCUGGUUUCAAAGGGUUUUGAUUGUAUUUAGUCAAAAAUAGUCAAAUCUCCAGAUAAACACGUGACUCCAUCUUUAUUUUAAGAUUAAAACAACACUACGUUUUACACGUUGUCGAGUUAAGAGUCAAAAUUGACUAUCGAAGGACUUAAUUUCUUCUUCUUCUGCUCGAUGAAACACAUGAAACAUGUUUACUGACGUUAACCUGAACAGUGUUGACCACUAGUUUCUAUCUCAGACACACAAACACACAAUAAAGACACAAAAGUAGUUUCUGCUUCAACAGUUUUAAUACGAAUUAUUACUGAAACAAAACCGUUGCAUUGAGAUGUUUCCUUCCCAUACUGAUGUGUUGAAUUGGUGUCAUUUACAGUCGAGGACCAAAGAUCCAGACAAUUGAGAAGUUGUAAAUACUCUAGUUUCUCUGCUGCAGCAUUUAUUUCUCCAUCAAGAUGUUUUCAAAUGUCAUGAUCAGCAUUAAGGGCUUUGAUAUGUGACCAUCAGUUUUUCUUUUUUACUGGAUUAUUCAAGACAACAGCUGCAGAAGAACGGUUGAACUGAAUGUGGAUUAAAUGUGAAGCUCUGCUCGUGGUUUCUGUUCCUUGGUACCUGAAGGAAAUGUCAAUGUGAUGUUCUAUAAAGAGUGUGUGACCCCAAAAUACAGUAUUUUUUAAGUAUCA